CAUCCAAAUAAAAGGAAAAGUUCAGAGUCUAUUGAUGAUCUCAAAUUCACAGAUGAUGAGCUCAUGUUUAUAAGCAGAGACAUUGCUCAAGAGAUUAAUUGUGCUCGGACAAACCUCAGGCAGUCCUCUAAUAUAUGUAUUCUCAAGACAGAGGAUGCCCCAGGGUCAAAUAGUAAUAAAGAUGAAAAAGACAACAUUUUCAACACAAGUAGCAUCACAGAGGAAAUUGUCAAUGAAAUUAUGAAGGAAAAAGAAUCUUGCGAUUUAAAUAGUUCUGAUAAAUUUCAGAAGAAUCUCUUACCAAUUGAUUCACCAGCUUCAAAACUAAAAGAAUGUGACCGUAAAGAUAAACAUAGAAACUCUGAUGUUCAUAAAGUUAAAGAGGCAGUUCAAGAGCCCCAAACUGAUGGCAUUUCUGGGGAGCUCUGUGAUGGCUUCUUCAAUGAUUCAGACACAGACCUUUUUGAUUUCAGUGAUGGUGCUGAAUUCAAGGAUGAAAUGGAAGAAAAUUAUGUAGCAUCAAAAACUGGCAACAUAUCUAGCCCAUCAAACACUGAGAGAAAUGAAUUUUUCCCAACACAGAAAUCAAGGGUUAAAUGUGACUUUGUUUCUCUUGGCUCUUGUUCAUCUGUUGUUGAUUCUCUACCUAGAUCAGUGGUACAUGACAACACUCUUUGUGAUACAGCUGCAUGUGCUCCUCCAGUGACAGCCACCAAGCAAACUUCCCUUCAUUCCUUCUUUAAAAUAAAACCUGGAUUAAAUGCAAAAACACAUUUACAACUUAAAGCUAAAACUUCACAUCUGGGUAAGAGGUCUAAUAACAUCUUUCACAAUGUCUCCUCUCGGCCUAGUCUCCAUCAGUCAAAAUCAGAGCAGUUGCUACCCAAGUCAUCUGGUAAAGUCACUAUGAGGGAUAUCAGUAAGACACAAGCCUCUUUGGAAUCAAAUGACUAUGUAGAAGAAAAUGAACCCCAGAUGGAAAAUGGCAACAAAAAAAAUUGUCCUUUUUACAAGAAAAUUCCAGGUGAUUAUUGUACACUACUGUUUACUUAGACAGAGUUUAGUCAGACUGGGUUUACUUAGACAUUAUCAUUUUUAAGUAUUAAAUACAGUACUAUUAAACCAUUUCAUUGUUUUAUUAAAAAAAAAAUUCAAUAAAGUAACAAAACAUUGUAAUAUUUUAUUCUAUUACAUCAGGUACUUCUAUCACUGUUGAUGCAUUUCGUUAUGGAGUUAUUCCAGGCUGUCAGGCAUACUUUCUCACACAUUUUCACUAUGAUCAUUAUGGAGGACUUACAAAAAAAUUUGCCCAGCCUAUUUACUGCAGUCAGGUAAAAUAAGAGCUUAUUAAUUGUAUUUUGGUAGCACUUUUAAUCAAAACCAAAGUCUAAAAUUUAUUCUACUUUACUUUACAUUCUACAAAAUGAAUUGUGUUUUUUAUUUAGGAAAUUAAUUGUUUUCCUCUGUUAGAACUGUUUUAAAAUGUAACUGCUUCAAUGGAAAAAUAAUAAUGACAGGUGACAGGUAACCUUGUAGAGAGUCGUAUUGGUGUUGACGGAAGGUGGAUAAAACGUUUGCCUAUGUGGCAACCAUGCUUAGUAGCUGGAACAACAUUGACUUUGAUGGAAGCCAACCAGUGAGUUCCAAACUAUUUUUUGUUCAUUUCUUUAAUUAAAGUCUAGUACUUAGCCAGUAUGCAAAUUAUUAUUUUUUUAAAAAUAUAAUCAUAAUUUUUUCUUACAAUGGUCUUUUUCUGAUUCCCAGUUGUCCAGGAGCGGUCAUAGUUUUGUUUGAGCUGAAAGAUGGGAGAAAAAUACUUCACACUGGUGAUUUCCGGGCUUGUACAGAAAUGGAGACUUAUGAUAUGUUACAAAAUGUGAUCAUAUCUGAGCUUUACUUGGACACAACGUAAGAAAUUUUGAUUUACUUUUUUUAAUGUUAGAAUUUUAAAUAGCUUAUUUAUGGUGUUCUGUUUCCCAAAUUUUUGCAGAAAAAUAUAUAAUUUAUAUGAAUGAGAGAAAAAUUAUUGGAAAUUCUAAAUAACAAAAGAAAUAAUUAUUUCUUUAUUCUAACUCUUUUUAAGUUUUUGUUUUUUGGGGUUUUGGUUUAAGUUAUAAUAGUUAUGUUAUUGUAACUUAGGUUACACUAAAAAUUAGCUUGUUUUAUGCAUCUUUUAAAAUUUAGGUACUGCAACCCAUCAUAUGCAUUCCCUGCCCAGAGUGAAGUUAUUAAUUUUGUUGUGUCCCUUGUAUUGAAACACAUAUCAGAUCACCCAAGCACAUUAAUUGUGUGUGGUGCUUAUACUAUAGGAAAGGAGAAAAUCUUUACUGGUUUGUUUAUCAUUUUCUAUUAUAUUUAUAAAAAACUAACAUUUGUGAAAUUCUUUCAAGUUAACAUUGUUUGACAGAUACUGUUCAUUAUUUCAAUAAGUGAAAUAAAAAAUAUGACUUUUUAACAUAGUUUGAAAUUCCUAAAAUGUUGCAAUGAUUGAAGAUAUUUUUUCUUAAUAAAAGCAAUAGCCAAAAUCCUGGACACUAAGAUAUGUGUUAUGAGUGACAAGAAAAAAGUCUUAGAAUGCCUCGAUGACGAUGAUCUCAAAUCUAGGAUAACUCUUGACUGGUCUAAAGGACAAGUCCAUGUUCUUCCCAUGGGAAAACUUAAUCAAGAGGUUAAUGUUUAUAAGAGUAUUAAAUUUUGAGAGAAAAGUCUUUACAUGGAAAAUAAGCUUUAAAAAAAUGUUAAUAACUACAAAUGCAUCCAAAUAGUGUUCAUAAUAUAUGUUUGUUUUUUGUUGUUUUUUUUUCGCUAGUUGAAGGCUUAAAGAAAUUUACUUACAUUUAAUUUUGAAAUGUUAUUUUCUAAUUUUUUUAAAUUUUUAAUUUAUUUAUCCAUUAUUUAAUUGGUUAUUCAUUUGUGUUCACACAUGUUCAUCAACUAAAUAAAAGAUAAUAAUUUUUAUAAAAACUUUGUUUCUCAUCUUUCAGGCUUUAUUUGAACACCAAAGAAAACACUCUCAUUUUAAGACCGUGCUUGCCUUCCAACCAACUGGCUGGACACAUAGUGAAAAGAUGAUAUCCCUGGAAAACUUGAGACCUAAGUGGAGUAGAAAUGGAGUUACACUCUAUGGUAGGAUAACUUGACUUUGUAUUGUUUGUAAUUUAUCUGAAAAAGGACACACAAAAAACAAUGCAGAUAAAAAAAAACACAUUGCCUAUUUGAUUUUUUGUUGAAAAGAAAAUCAUCAAAAUGCCUCUCUCUAUUUUGGUUCAGUACAAGUCUUUUAUUCUUAUAAUUAGGUUUUUGUAGAGUACCGAAAUUUAAUAAAAUAACCUUGAUAAACAGACCCGUCUGUAAAGGUUGAACCAGCUGUGGUCAAACUGUUUUGCCAAGCAGACAAAGUUGUGUCUAAUGAACAGUAAAAUUGACUUAACCAUGUACAAAAACAAGAAAUUUUACCAUUAAACAGAAAUUAAAUAAGGAAAUAGACAGUUGAAUCGUCUUAUUUUAUCCUAAAUGUACAAUUUUACAUUCCUUUCCUGAGCAAGCUAUUAAAGUUAAGACACAUCUCAACUCGGUCAAAAAAUAAUUUAGAACCUGUAAUUAAACUUGAUAGAAUUCUGGAUCACAAAGCCAUGUUGAUCCAAAAAUUUGAACAUAAUUUUGAAACUUCGAAUUUACAUUUUUGAAAUUCCUCAGAUUUGCUUUUUUUUCUUUUUUUUUUUUCUUUAAUUUUCGGCAUUUUUAAAAAUAAAAGACCAUAACAAUUUUAGCAAAGAUAUAAUAAAAAGUAUGCUUACUAGCCUUUUAAACAUAUUCUAAUACUUAAUUGAAUGAUGAAGUUAAUUUUUAUUUGUGAGAAUUCAAAAAGUUAUCUUUUUAAAAAAAAAUUUAAAAAAGUUCAGGUAAUUUUAAGUAUGUCCUCAAUUGUUGAAAUUUGCUUUGCCUAUAUGUAAAUAGAAAAGGUGAUGUCUAUUUUUUUAUUAUAAAAACCUAUGGUAGCAAAGGGUUUAACGUCCAGGGUUGUUUUUCUAUUUUAUCUUUUUAAAACAACUUAUUUGUUUGCUGUAUCAUCUAUUUAUUUUAUCUUUAGGUGUUCCCUACAGUGAACACAGCAGUUUCCUGGAGUUGAAACGAUUUGUACAGUUUAUUAAACCAAAGAGAAUUCUCCCAACUGUAAAUAAUGGAAACCCUGCAGCUCGGCAGAAAAUGGAAGAGAUUUUUAAACAUUGGCUCCAAGACAAGAAUGCAACGUUUGCAUGUGGUCAACAUGCUUAG